ACACGAGCAAGCAAGCAAGCAUUCAUUCAUUCACAGCUCGGUUGCGAUGAGAUGCGAUGCGAUGGUGGUGGUGUGCGAUCCGCGUUGCAUCGGAUCGCAUUCAUCCUUCGCUGCCGCACUCAGCGCUCCUGCGAGGGAGUCAGACUCUCUUCUUAGUUUCGGCUGCAAAAUGAGUGUAGAAAUCCCCGACUUGCGUUGUUAGGACUCUCCGACGGGGGUUUCGUCUCAAUCCGCUUGCUUGUCUGCCAACUCGUAGGCUCGUGAUGGCUGGUUAACGCACUCCCAUUUCGCACUGAUUGUAGCUCAUAGUGGUGAAACCCCAGUUUGUGAAAGGUGUUUUGAGAUGCAGGGAAUCGAAUCUCCUGGGGUAGGAGUGUUCAAAUAUAGCACGACGAGCUCCAUGGGCGCUGCAUUCUCCCUGUUGCACGUUCAUUCGUCGGCGAGCUCGUGGGGCAUUCCUAUGCCGCCGGUAAUGCGGGACGUUGCACCGAAAUCAUUCAUUAGUUAACAGUUGGUGGUGCUUCUGAUCGGUGUUGAAUCUGGGCCUCGUCGGGGGUGGACAUGAGAUCUUUUCGCAGGUUGAGCUUGGUUAGUCUGGGAGGGUUGAGAUUUUGCCAGGGAAUGAUUCUGUCAGGCUCCUGAAGUUUACGAGUUCCGUAGUCUCGUAGCAUUUCUCGCGGAUCGUGACCUCUUGGGAAAGAGAGAGGAAAGCGAGGUUUGCAAUGGGGAGCGAUGUGCGGGGAGGAGGAGACCCCCUUCCCAUGGAUCGCGAGUUGCUCCGCAUUCCGUCCUGGAAGGAAAUGCAUGACGUAGCUGGUUCUGUGAACAGCUCGACUUUACGACCCCCAUAUGGUCCAAUUCGUGUGCAUAAUCCACCAAUCAAAGUAGUUGAGCGCAGCAGCUCCCUUCCCAAGUCUACCCCUCCCGCCAUGGAACCAGAGGCGAUGCGAAAGGACACUGGUGGGGGCGAGAAAGAGAAUUCGCAACAACCCUUGAAGCGGGAGGAUGCUAUGAAGAUCAAAGCAAGACCCGAGAGAUUUAACCAGAUUGUGAACCCAAGUUCCUUGAACGUGAACAAUGCGCAGCUGGCCUUGUACAUAGCCAUGGCACACGCAGGACUUGUGCUUGGGAUUCUCGUUAUAUGCUUCAUCGGUCUCUUGUUGAAGGGCUACUGGAAGCCCAUUCAGUGGGCCGUGUUAAUCUCUAUGCCUCUCCGGGAAAUUCAAAGCCUGCUGGUGAGCUUUUGGCAGGAGCCUCUUCAGGCAGGGAUUCUGGAGACCAUUCUGGCCAUACCAGCGUUUAUCCUCAAGAAUCUAGCGGAGACAGGGUACGAUGCACGAGAGGCAAUAUCAAGCAUGUCUGGCAUGAUGAGCAAGGGGAGUCCAUCUAUGUCCAAAAAGAAAAUUGGCUUUGCAAAGCUCUCACGGUGGCUCCUCACGUUUGCGGUGUGUACUGUUAUGUAUGACUUCCUUGGGUCUGUCGUGUUUGUUUCCACAGUGUUUGUGGGGCUUUUGCUCUACGCUGGAAUGACGACAGUGUGGCCGUUGUUCGAAACUAAUGCAUUAAGGAGUCCAACUUUGAAAGGCAAGCCUGGAAAUAGUUUGACCCGGAUCUACAAGUGGACGAUUCAACCAAUUGUUGACGCUCUGCGAUGGAGUAACCGGGGUGUAACACGAUCACUUGCAGCAAAACUACCCACUGUUGUAGCGAUUGUGCUCAUCCUUCUUAUGAUCGUGGGUUUCCUUGGCGGCUCGAUCUUAUUCACCUAUAAAGUGGGCAUGGAGGCGAAAGAUGCAAUUAUCACUCUCAAGAUACACGUCGAUCACAGUAACUACGCGGAGACAAUAGGGCUCAACAAGUGGGUGGAGGAGAACAACGUAACACAGCAGAUCGAUUCCUACAUGAGCCAAGCUUACGAGGCUUUACUUGAGCAGAUCGAUGUGUUCGCCGCGAAGAACAACAUGACUGAAGCGGUUAAAGUUGGCAAGCAAUUUUUGAGUGGAAUCAUGCUCGAAGGAAAAGUUGCUGGAGUCUAUAAUGGGACCGAAUCUACAUCGGUGGCUGUGCCAUCGCAUCCCCUCGUGGAAAGGCUUCAAAAUAUCAAGGCGAAGCUACGGACUUAUGACUUGGGAGGGGCCUAUGCAGAGGGUGAGGCUGCAGCCGGUCUUGGACUUGAGCUGUUUCAACUUCGCCAAGAUGAUCUGAUUGAAAGGGGAAAACAAGCAACACAGAAAAUUUCAGACAUUGGCAAGACACUAGUGCUCAGUGGCUCAAGUCUGAUGGGGAAGUGCUUUUACCUCGUCCUCUCCUUCUGGAGCUCAAUGGCUUCAGGGGCUGUGGGGUUGAUAAACUUCAUCACCGAGACCAUCAUUUUCUUCUCGGUGUUGUAUUACCUCAUAACUUCAGAGUCAGGUGGUGUCAUGAACCAAGUGCUCAACAUGGUGCCACUCUCGGAUUCUGUUCGGAGCCGUUGUGCCGAUGUCCUUGACCAUGCAGUAAGCUCCGUCUUUUUAGCUACGAUGAAGGCUGCAAUCUUCCAGGCAACUUUUACUUGGCUCCUGUUCACAUGGUUUCGGAUCCACUUCUUGUACAUGGCAACAUUCCUCGCAAUGUCGCAACCCGUGAUCCCCUUGUUUCCAAACUGGCUGGCUAGUAUCCCAGGAGGAGCACAACUUGCACUAGAGGGACGAUAUGGUGAGGCCGCCGUGCUAGUGAUUCUUCACGUGUAUGGUAUGGAGUAUGGCUUAUCGAAGAUUUAUCUGGAGAUCCCCGGGCACAGUGGUUACCUAACAGGAUUAAGCAUUGCAGGCGGAAUGGCCUUGUUCUCUCCUGCUCUUGAAGGUGCAAUUCUGGGACCGCUCAUAAUGACAGUGCUUCUUGCUGCUAAGAACCUCUAUGGAGAAUUCGUGUUGGGAAUUCCUAUGGAUUUCAUAGCUUGAAGUCAUCGUAGUGCUGAUCCGGGCAACAAGGAUUAUUACAGACGCAGCAUUAAGCCUCCUGAACUGACUUAAAGCUUCCUAAGGCAUUGAAAGCCAGUUCUGCAGCCCAAGUAUGUAGAGAUUAGGAUUAUUCGUUGUCUGGAUGGAGAGAAACUAGUAUUGUCUCAUUCUAGAGUGGAGACUCAUCGACCAGUAACCGCUUUGUUGUCACUGAAACUGUUCACGUGCAACAAGUUUGUGUUCUUAAACACAUUUCGUGAAUGUGGUUGCUCGUAAACCAUGUUUCUCUA